UUGCUCAAGCCCACAGUGUAAAGCAGUAGAGAAAGAGAGAGAGAGGAGAGGAGAGGGGUUGUUCAGUUUUAAACUUACCUCAGCUGCGUGGAGCGACUCAUUCUGGAUGAACCCACGGGUUAGAGCGGAGCCCAUUGACAAACCCCAUCUGCUCCACUGUCACUGAAUUCACAUUAUACGAAUCAAAGACUGAGGAGACUUUUUCUAUGUGUCUCAUAUCGGAUGAUUUCCACGGCUGGAGAUAUUUUACACUGCAGGAAGACUAUCGCGUGUUUUAAUAUUCAGUGGAUAUAUAGCGGUUUUGGACUCGGGAGCGCUCACGAGCACAGCGCGAGACCUCACCAAAGGAAAGCAGCGCUGGACUUUGAAUCGAGAAGACGACUUGUAUUUGUACGACUUGUAGAUUAAAAAUGAUAUUGGAGUAACUCAGACUUUUCCUUAAGUUGCCCAUUGGAUUUCCAAGGAUAAAUAAUUUGGAGGUUUAUAAAAAGGAGAUAAAGGACACAUGAGUGUCUCACGAGCCACCGCGAAUCAAGGGAACUAAACAUUAGCGGUGCCUUAUCAAACCCACUGACCGAUUACAGGGCAAAGGACACUAAAACAGGUUUGUGACUACCCUGGAGCUGCCAAUGCCUGGAGUCAGCAUUUGAAGCUGACCAGCUGUCUUCUGCGCACGCACACACAUUAGUUCAGCAAGAUGUUGAGCAUCUUCAAGAUUUUCAUUACCAUCUGCUUCACGGAGUUGGUGGUAUCAAGAACUUUAAAAACGGGGGACGUUCGAGCAAAAGAUAUCAGAGUCUCUCGACCGACUCUCCUGCCCGGCUUUCCCGAGAACGCCAGUGUAACGGUUGGAGGACACGUGAAACUGGUGUGUAAACUCCACCAGCCGGCCUCAACACGUCUCCAGUGGUUCAAGAAGGACAGCAAUCGCCUGGGGCCUGAUGGAUCACCGAGUUUCACAGCGCUUACGCCUCUUCUAGAAAACACCUCCAAAGUCAACAUACUUCCUCUAGUGAACGUUUCCUUGAAAGAUGCGGGAGAGUAUGUAUGCAAGGUGGAAAACUCGGUCGGACAAUCUUCUCGCUCUGCCUGGGUGGAGGUCUUACCAGAAGUUUCUGAGGAGCCGACUGAAGAGACAUCUGAACAUCUACGUCUGGAGGUUGGAGAUGUACUGAAACUCCGCUGUGACACAAGUCGUCCUGGAGCUGUACAGUGGUUCAAGGGUGGCACACGGGUGCAACACAGCGCCCGUAUCCAAAUAAGGGCAGCAGUCAUGGAGAUAACAGACGUAACCUAUGAAGAUUCAGGAGUGUAUAUGUGUGUUAUUCGCGGCACCAAAGAAGCUCUUCGCAACUUCACCAUCACAGUGGCGGAUUCUGUCGGGUCUGGAGAUGAUGAUGAUGACAACGGGCUUGAUGAUGCUGAUCCUGAGACAGAAAAUGACCAGGUUUACAUCUCCAGAGCACCAUACUGGACUCACACCCAACGGAUGGAUAAGAAGCUGUACGCUGUCCCGGCUGGAAACACAGUCAAAUUUCGGUGCCCGGCCACAGGGAACCCUCUUCCGACCAUUCGCUGGCUAAAGAACGGCAGAGAAUUCAGAGGAGAGCACCGGAUCGGAGGCAUUAAGUUGCGACAUCAGCACUGGAGCCUGGUUAUGGAGAGCGUAGUUCCAUCAGAUCGUGGGAACUACAGCUGCGUGGUGGAAAACAAACAUGGGUCCAUCUCUCACACCUACCUCCUGGACGUAUUGGAACGUUCCCCACACAGGCCCAUUCUGCAAGCCGGUCUACCAAAAAACGUUACUGCAAUAGUGGGUGGUGAUGCCCAGUUCCUUUGUAAAGUCUACAGUGAUGCCCAACCUCACAUUCAAUGGCUGAAGCACGUAGAGAUAAACGGCAGCCGGUAUGGACCAGAUGGCAUUCCCUAUGUCAGGAUUGUGAAGACCGGAAGCCUGAACAUGUCUGAAGUCGAAGUCUUAUAUCUUACUAACAUCACAAUGGAAGAUGCUGGCGAAUACACAUGCUUGGCUGGAAACUCUAUUGGUUACUCCCAUCAGUCUGCUUGGCUUACUGUCCUGUCAGAGGAAGAAGUGGUCAAAGAGGUGGACCUUAUGGAAGCCAAGUACACUGACAUCAUCAUCUAUGCCUCUGGGUUCCUAGCCCUGGUGAUGGCCAUCGUUAUCGUGAUUCUCUGCCGCAUGCAACUUCAUCCUAACCGGGAGCCUUUUGAUACGCUUCCCGUGCAGAAACUCUCCAAAUUUCCUCUACGCAGACAGUAUUCAGUGGAGUCCAAUUCGUCUGGAAAGUCAAGUGCCUCGCUGAUGAGGGUAGCUCGUCUUUCCUCUAGUUGUUCCCCGAUGCUGGCUGGAGUUAUGGAGUUUGAACUGCCUUAUGAUCCUGACUGGGAGUUUCCAAGAGAGAAUUUGACGUUAGGGAAACCACUUGGGGAAGGCUGCUUCGGUCAGGUGGUGAGAGCAGACGCUUACGGGAUAAACAAAGAGAAUUCGGAUCAAGCGACAACUGUAGCUGUUAAAAUGCUUAAAGAUGACGCAACCGACAAAGACCUGGCUGACCUCAUCUCUGAGAUGGAGUUAAUGAAGGUGAUGGACAAACACAAGAACAUUAUAAACCUUCUUGGCGUUUGCACACAAGAUGGGCCACUCUACGUGCUGGUCGAAUACGCAUCAAAGGGUAGCCUGCGUGAAUACCUUCGGGCACGUCGACCUCCCGGCAUGGAUUACACCUUCGACGUAACCAAGGUUCCAGAGGAGCAGCUCACCUUCAAAGACCUGGUGUCCUGUGCCUACCAAGUGGCAAGAGGGAUGGAGUACCUGGCCUCCAAAAGAUGCAUUCACAGAGAUCUAGCAGCCAGAAACGUUCUCGUGACGGAUGACAACGUCAUGAAAAUUGCCGAUUUUGGUCUGGCAAGAGGAGUCCAUCAGAUUGACUACUACAAAAAGACCACCAAUGGACGUUUGCCUGUAAAAUGGAUGGCACCAGAAGCUUUGUUUGACAGAGUCUACACACACCAGAGCGACGUUUGGUCUUUUGGAGUGUUAAUGUGGGAGAUUUUCACAUUGGGAGGAUCGCCGUACCCUGGGAUACCGGUUGAGGAACUUUUUAAGCUGCUUAAGGAAGGCCAUCGAAUGGACAAACCUUCCAACUGCACUCAUGAACUCUACAUGAAGAUGAGAGAAUGCUGGCAUGCUGUACCGACACAAAGACCGACGUUUAAACAGCUCGUAGAGGAACUGGAUAGAGUACUGGUGUCCAUUUCAGAUGAGUACCUAGACCUGUCAACCCCAUUUGAACAGUACUCGCCAUCUUGUGAAGACACCUCCAGCUCUUGCUCCUCAGACAACGAUUCAGUGUUUACCCACGAUGCUUUGUCAACCGACCCAUGCCUACUCGGUUACCACGACGUGCGCUCUCGGAUAGACACGAAGACGGCGAUUCGAUAGUCUGUUUCGACAGCUUAUGGACACUUGCGAUAAAAGCGGUACAAGGAUUUUCGCCUGUGUUGCUCUGCCUAAGAACAUUAUACGAAUGCUUGGCACUAUGAAACUUUGCGAUAAUGAACUUCACUUUCAUCAGAUUUCUGCUACAGAAACAGGACCGAGAAGCUGUUUCUAUUCAGCGAGCGCUGCUGUAUGUACGAAGUUACAUAGGAGCAUUUUCCAACCAGAUUUUUUUUUUUAAAGAGAACAUUUAUUUUGAUAUAAAAAAGUGGAUAGCAUUGAUAAAUAUAAAUCUCUCUCUAUAUAAGAUUAUUCUACAUUUUUUUUAUUUAAUGAGCUGUUUUAAAUCUCAGGAUCUUGCAUGUUAAAAAUUGCUGCAGCGGUGCGGCAAAGUGCCUGAUUUUUUGGAUUUCCUGUGAAUAUCGACUUAAAGUAUUUUAAUGUACAUAUCAUUACAGAAGACAAUUACAUUUUAUAAAUUAUUCUAAAUGAUAUAAAGUGAAGGUGUUAAAGAAAUUAUGUAAAUCUCUUUAUAAGGAGCUUCCCCUCAACCAUUCUUCAUUUACAAUAACUAUUGUUCGCUGCUCGUACCAUCGCACGCCGUCAAGGCCAAAACCUCCCAGCUAUUCCGGCCUCCCGUCAUUCUCCCGAACCCUUCACCCCAUUCAAAACUUGAGACAUCGCAGGGACCAGCAGCGCUUUCAUUGUCAGUACUGUACACACAAGAAAAGGACUGGAGGGAAUGCGAAACGCCUCGAUAUUGAUUGAUUUCAAACGCUGAAUCCUCCAUUGUUCGACUGUAACCUUUUAACCAUCCCGGUGUGUUUGCUGGGUCCGGGCGCAGGCUAAGGUGGACAAUGGUCUCAAGCAGCUGUGAUGUGUUUGACUGCUGGCUGGGGUGAUCGGGGGGCUGUGUGCAAAUGAGAAAGCCCCUUAUUAUGCUAAUGGCUCCAGCUGCUCAUCUUUAUCCGCCACUAUCUUUUAAUAUACAAAUGCUAAUGCUGGCCUUUCUUAACAAAUUCAUCCAUGUCCUUCAGGGAAUGCGAAGCCUGAUAAGAAGCCAAUAGCUUUUUUCAAGUUAAUUUAGCCGAUACUUUGCAUUCUUAGCCAGGGACGCUCCUAGAAAUCCCUCCGGGGACAAUUGGUGCGCAUUCGAAAGGGCCGAUUUCUUUGUUGAGAGCAAGAAAUGGUUAAAUGAGACAUGUUUGACCUUAAACUCUUGAAGGCAUUGCGUGACCCCUUCAGAAGUCUAAAGCACAUUGUUUGCAUACAAGCGAAAAUGAAUAUAUAUAUAAAUAUAUAUAAAUAAACCACAGACAUUCCAUUUGUGUAUUCUCCAUUGUAACAAAUCAAAUGAUGUUAUUAUAAAUUUCCCCUCGAGAGAAUUAUUUUAGAAAUAUCUAAUUUAUUUGUUUAUGGUUUGUUUUAUAUUAAAUAAAGUAUAAUUUAAAAUA